GUCCAGGGAGCAACCAUGGGCCGGCGUUGCAGGCACACACUAACACAUUUCGUCCUCAACCCCUAAACCCUGAAAGAGCUACCUGUCUGUCGUUCCCUCUCCUGAGCUGCCGAAAAAUCAAUAGCCAUGCUAGCUCUCUCAAACGCGCGAAGGCUCGGUGGGCUUUUGAAGCCUCCGAUUCGUCUCUGUUCAGCCCCAGAUCCCACCUCCCUGUCUUCCGUCACUCAAAUCUCCUCUCAUUUUAUUCACCAAUGUCACCUCCACACCGCCGCCGCCUUUUCAGGGGCGGUUCAAGGGAGCUAUUAUCUUCAAAUGCGACCACAUUCUAUGUCUCUGGCAUCUCCGAAGAUGUUCUUCUCUACUGAGACGAGUAGCGUGGAAAGCGGGCCUACAGAGGCCGUGAAGGAUUUGUAUGAUAAAAUGGUUGAAUCGGCUGUUACCAAACGAACAAUGCCGCCUAAUGCAUGGUUAUGGUCACUGAUUGAGAAUUGUAAAAUCCACGAGGAUAUUAAGCUCCUGUUUGAUGUUUUACAGAAACUCCGUGUAUUUCGGCUUUCAAAUCUUCGAAUACAUGCGGAUUUCAAUUGCCAUCUUUGCCAAGAGAUUUCCAGGGCCUGUACUCGUGUUGGUGCCAUUGACUUUGGAAAAAAGACUUUGUGGAAACAUAACGUGUACGGAGUAACUCCAACCAUCGCAUCUGCCAACCAUUUACUGAUGUAUGCUAAAAUGCACAAGGAUGCUACUCUCAUGAUAGAUACAAUGAAACUAAUAAAAAAGAAUGACUUACCAUUACAACCAAGUACAGCAGAACUUGUUUCCAGAAUCUGUUAUGAUACGGAUAAUUGGGGUUUGCUCUCCAAGUAUUGUAAAAGGUUUAUCAAGGCUGGCGUAAAACUAAGACAAAGAACAUUCGACUUAUGGAUGGAUUUUGCUGCAAAGAGAGGAGAUACGGAAUCUCUAUGGAAAAUUGAGAAACUGAGAUCUGAGUCAAUGAAACAGCAAAGUCUUUUGUGUGGGUUCGCAUGUGCUAAGGGUUUUCUGCUAGAACGUAAGCCUGAGGAUGCUGCUUCUGUCAUUCGAAACCUAAACCAGACGUUACUUGCUGCAAAGAAAUCAGGUAUUGUGGUUGAACUACAGAAGCUGGUAGAUGAGUGGCCCUCGGAGGUUGUCAAACAGAAAAACGAGGAUGAGAGGAAGGUGUUGGUUACUUCAUUAAAAUCUGAUAUCCCCACCAUGGUUGCUGGUUUACUAAAUGAUGGCUUAGAAGUUACCGUAAAUUUGGAGAAAUUGACUGAGAAUGGAGAGAUUCUAUGUUGAAGCCUGCGGAUAGCAUGGCGAUCUUAUGCUCCUAGAUGACCUUUGUAUCAUAGAAUGGUUUGAUCAUCUUGGCAAGCAUUGCAGGCACAAUUUCCAGCGGAGGAGCUCAUUGAAAACCUCCCAUUUUUGCACGACACUUCUAGAACUCUUUCUGGUACUCUGCAACCAUAAGAAAAGCAUUAUUUGUUUUUUCGGGAUCUUUUUCAAUCAACUCUGCUGUCAUUACUUUCAGUUGUCCUAUAGUCUAUUCAUCCUGUAAUUUUGAAAUUUUGACAUUUGGAGUUGGAUGAUUUAUAGAACAAUGUUAGAUACCUGUGUGGAAUAACACCAGCAGCUGAGUAUGAUUAAUCCAUUUAUAUCUCUUGAGUUGAA